ACACCGAGCGGAUCAGACGCUCACACACACACGCACGCACACACAACACACACACACACACAUAUAUCCCCGUGUGGAGUAUCAGCGGACCGACGGACGGACCGACCUGGGUGGAGAACUGCACCUGUCCUCACACACACACACACACAGGCUCGGACCGGUCGUCCCUAUGUGUGGAUGGGACCAAAGUUACACGGCGACCUCUCAUAGCUCGGCCAUGUUGACCAGUGAGGGGGCGCACACCAUGGAGCAGGACGACGCGCACCACGAGGCCAAGAUGGCCUCCACAGCCACCAGCAGCCCCGGCCUGGACGCAGCCGAGACCACGCCAGACACGGACGUGGACAUGGAGCUGGACGUGGAGGAGGCGGACAUGACCCGGUGGAAGGAGGCGGAGUUCGAGGAGAAGUGCACAUACAUCGUCAAGGACACGGCGUGGGAGGCGGGGCCAGACGGUGACGUCAUGACGACGACAAGAGCUGAGGCAUCGCUGCCCAGAAACCUGGUCUUCAAGCACCCGGCUGACGGCAAGGAGGUUGUCGGCGUGUGCAGCAGGGAGUACAUCCCCAAAGGAACCCGCUUCGGCCCCCUGGUGGGCGAGAUCUACACGGCCAACAGUGUCCCCAAGGACACCAACCGGAAGUACUUCUGGAGGAUCUACACAGACGGUGAGUUCCACCACUUCGUCGACGGCCUGGACGAGACCCGCUCUAACUGGAUGCGGUACGUGAACCCGGCCCACUCGGCAGCGGAGCAGAACCUGGCGGCGUGUCAGAACGGCAUGGAGAUUUACUUCUACACGGUGAAGCCCAUCCCGGCCGGCGCCGAGCUGCUCGUCUGGUACUGCCACGACUUCGCCCGACGUCUCCACUACCCACCGUCCGGAGAGCUGAUGAUGCAGAAACUCAAGCAGUCUCUCCUGGAGGUCAAGCAGCAGCAGGUGAGCAGCGAGGAGCGUUUGGUUGAAGCCUCCAGCCCGUCACCCGUCGCAGUCACCCCCACCCCCACCCCACCCAAGAGGGAACACAGUGUCCUCUCCAUUCUGCGAGGCACCAACAGUAACUCCUCCUCCUCGAAGAGGGAGCCCAACCGGCCGCUUCCCACCCGCCCGCGCUGUGCCGACAGCCCCGAGCGCCCCUUGUACCCCCGCGCCCUCUACCCGGCCCUCAGGCCACACCCACACAUCCCUGAAGACUUCCUGAGUCACAAACCCAGCCAGCUCGGUUAUUCUCAUUCCCCUGGCAACCAGUCUUCAGCCACACCCAGCCCAUCAGCGAGAAGUAGCCCAGACAGCAGCCCUCAGGGUAGCCCCUCGGGUCCGGCGCCAUCUCCAGGUUCUUUCUACCCCACUGGACUGGGUUCCUACCCUGGUUACUCCCCGCCAUCUGCCCCUUUCCCAUCAUCCUUCUACCCUCCAGGAGCCCCCUACUCUCGCUACCUCCUGCCCCAUCACUACCCUCUCCCUGGCGGUGGUGUCCCCACCAUAGGAGGAAUCUUCCCCAGGAUGUACCCUCUCUACAACAGCCUUCUUCCCCCUCACGUGCCCCUCAUGCCUACCGACACAGCAGGGAGGCGCUUACUGAUGCCUGACCACGUCCACCCCUCCUCCAUCUCUGCCCACAGAGACUUCCUCCUUCCCGGGCCCACCAGUGCCUUCUCAGCUGCCACUGCUCUGAAGGAAAAAGCAGGGCCUCACCACCCUUUUUCUGGGCACCCUCACCCACACGGACCCUCCCACACCCCCUCCAGCGGCUCCCCAACAGCUGGCACAUCGCCUCCCAACGAGCAGGUGCCCACCAAGCCUACCUCAGCCCUCCUUGGUAAUGCCAAAGAGCAUUGCUCUGAUGAGGAGGCCAUCAACCUGACCAAGGUGAAGCGUGGGGGCGUGGGCUCAGCGGGAUACAAGGCACUGCCGUACCCGCUGAAGAAGCAGAACGGCAAAAUCAAGUACGAGUGCAACGUUUGCAGCAAGACCUUCGGACAGCUGUCAAACCUGAAGGUUCACCUCCGUGUCCACAGUGGUGAGAGACCUUUCAAAUGUCAAACCUGUAACAAAGGCUUUACCCAACUUGCUCACCUGCAGAAGCACUUCCUGGUCCACACUGGGGAGAAGCCGCAUGAAUGCCAGGUUUGUCACAAGCGCUUCAGCAGCACCAGCAACCUGAAAACUCACCUGCGCCUCCACUCGGGGGAGAAGCCCUACCACUGCAAACUCUGCCCAGCCAAGUUCACCCAGUUUGUCCACCUCAAGCUGCACAAGCGCCUGCACACCCGCGAGCGUCCACACAAAUGCCUCCACUGCCACCGCCACUACAUCCACCUGUGCAGCCUGCGGCUUCACCUGAAGGGCUACUGCAUCGCGGCUAACUCCAGCUCUGGCAGCCCAGCUGUUUCCAGUCAGGCUGCACUGGACGAGGUGCAGCGCGCCAACGAGGAGAUCGAGCGCUUCGACGUCAGCGAGCAUGCCGAGCGUCUGGAGCAGCUGCAGGGAGGAGUGGAAGUGGAGGCCAUGCUGGAGAAGCAGAUCCUGGGAAUGCUGUGGAGGGAGAGUGACCUCAAGUCCUCUCACUUCCAUCCCCACCACAAGAGCGGCGCCACCGAGCUCCUGUCUGUGGGUUACGGUGCAUACGAGUCCCCGAAUGAGACGUCGGUCAUCAAAAUGCGGCGCAGCAGCCCCAUCCUGCCGCUUCCUGCCAGCGUCACCAUCAAGCAGGAGUCAGAGGAUCACUCCUAAGUGACCCUCGAACCCAAAAGGACAUAGAGUCAAGACUGCAUGACUCAAGGCGGACUGGGUUGCCAGGAGCAACAGCUGUAAAUAAAUAAUUCUCUACCUGGUUGUGAUCAGGAGUGACAUCAUGAUUACACCAGGUUCAUCAGGGACUCACGUACUCAGGGCUCAAGAGACACUGUCCCAUGACUACUUAGCAGCGUUUAUUAUACUUAGAGACAAUCAUCUACCCAGGAUUUACCUUUAAUGUAAUUAAUAUAAUGCUAUUAUCAUUAUUGUUGUUGUAUUAUUUGGUCUCUAUUUUCAAAUGUCUUUUUUUUGUUGUUUUUUUUGGAUCAAUUAGUUGUUAUAUAACCUCCUUAAUUUAUUAUACUUUUUAUUUGUUGUCUUCAAAAGCAAUAAGUGGAAGGGAUGGUUACACUGACGCGGUGAAAUCAAUGUUAAAGACGAUCUUUCUGUUUGAUAUUUGUUUCUCCCUGUGGCCAUUUCUCUGUAGAUAGUCACUCUCUCUAUGCCUGUAUCCGUCCUGCAGCCUCUAAUAACCUAUAAUACCAGGGGGUGUCUAACUCUUCAGGGUUUUGUCUAUUUAAAUUGAGAAAACCACUAUAGCAGGUUUUUAAAAAGGGUUGAAGAACUUGCCAAAGUACGGCACAUAAAUUUGUUAAUUUAGCGAGAAGAGCUUUAUUUCAACCCUGCUCGAUAGCUUCCCUAAAGUAUGUCUGUGUCCUUUUUUUCUGAUGCCUGCUUAAUUUAAAUGAAACAAAAAAAGGGCAUUUUUCUUUUUUUUUUUUUUUUUUUUGUAUAUUUUUUGACAACGGUUACCUCAGUGUGCAUGUGACUUAUAUGAGUGUAUGUGUGUGUGCGUGCAUGAGUGUUCAAAGGGACAGCUAGAGGUGGGAGCUUUCUAUUUAUUUGCGUUUUGCUACUUGAAAAAAAAAAAGAAGAAGAAACCAAACUGAACUGGAGUGCAGCUCUUCAUGUGGUCCAAAAGAGGAGCGGCAAAAGCCCGCUCGACAUGUAGCACAUAACGGACUCGGUGGGGGAGCUGGCUAGCCUCCCUCGUCCCUCCUUUUUGUUUUAUUUUUCUACAACACUGUCGGCACCCAACAGGGAAGUGAACAUCCUCCGUUUUUUGUUUUUUUUAAGGGAUUCACACUUGAUGCUAGCAACCAAAGUUCACUUGGCUUUAAUUCCAAAUGCACACCAAAAAUUAAAAAAAAAAAAAAAGAAAGAAAGAAAACGAGGAAAACAAGGGAAGAAGGACUUGAGGAAUCAAAAUGCUGAAGAAGGGAAGAUGUACUGUGUGUAUAUGAUGAAGUGUUCGCUCUUUAGCUGUGGGCUCUCGUUUUUUUUUUUCUUUGGUAGAUUUUUUUUUUUGUUCUUGUUGUUCUUGUUGUUUGUUAAUAUUUUGGUUGAGAAGCAACGCCCCCUUCUUGAACCGCCCCACCCCCCACCACCCGUCCGCCAUCUUGUUAAUGAACUGGCAUACACCAAAGCACCUCGGCCUUCUUUUUAUGCACUGGCCCCCCUCCUCCCACUUUAUAACUUCAGUGCCGAUGCUUGCACCAUUCACACUGUGUACAAUAUCUUAAAACUGGUCAUACUGGCAUUAAGACCAAACUUAAUGUUACUACAGCAACUGUGACUUUCUGCAUCAGUUGUACAUCAUCUCUCUCUGUCUCUCUGUGUUUCAUCGUUUCUCUCUAAACUAAUGUUCGACCAAAGCGUCUCUUUCUCUGAUCAGAGCUUUAACUCCAGAGGAGAAUCCCCCCCAAAGGACUGUCUCUGUUUACAUUCUGGUUUACAUAGUUAUUUAUGUGCAAAAAUGUCAAAAAAGUGUAAAUUAUGAUAUAAAUGUUCACUGCUCUAAUCUAAAA